AGUAACGUUGGUUUAUCAUUAGGCUGUGUGUAUCAGCUAUGUUAAAGGAGUUGGUGCUGUAAGAAAAAAAAUUCAAGAGUUAAUCACAUCAUUUUCAUUCAGUCAAAGUCAGUGGUAGCCCAUGGUGGAGGCGCCAGACUCAAACAGGAUCUAAAGCGAAUGUCUGAACAAAAAGGUGGUAAACAGAGUUUAAGGAAAGCUGAAACAUCCUGUAAAACUCGAUAAGAUCUGUCCUUCACUCUCCACUAUGAAGACCUCCAAACCAGCACUGCUGUCCUCUGCCCAGGAGGAAUGUGGUGUUUGGCUGGAUACUGUGCAACUGAAAGGAAAAGCUAAACAGAAAAAACUUGCCCGUCCCAUUUCUAAACUACUGAAUCCCUUCACUGGAGGUGGAGGAUACAGUUUGGCUGUGGCACUCAAUUUCACCCAGACCAAAAUGGAGAUGCCAAAGACCAAACAGAGCUCUAUAUCAACUUUCUUCCAACCUCAGGGCAGAGUUCUCAAUAAGAUGUCUACAUCUAAAGUGCCAAACCUGGAUCCAGUGCAGCCUUCUUCAUCAUCUACCACGCCCACUGCCCCCACACCUGUAGCAUCGGGGACAAAACGAAGACGUGAAAUAGAUCUUGAAAUGUUUGACUUGCAUAACUCUGAGACUGGAGUGAAUGAUGAGUGGAAACAUGAAAAUGUGGCUGAGCCUGAAGCAGCACUGUGGCAGGAGCAGGCAGCAGAAGAGCAAUUUGAGGAGAUAAAUCCACCACAGAGUAAGAGGAGGUUCAAUGCAGCCUCCUCAUUGCCAGCUGACAGUCAACCUCUUCCACAGGCUUGGAGUCAGGACCCACUGCUCACCUGUAGCCAAUAUUCUGAAGGUGAAUUUUACCUGACUAAUCAGAAAAACACCAAAACGAAGGACGUUUGUGACUCUGAGCCAACUUUCCUUAAAAGUCUACAAAGUGAGGACGACUUUGGUAUUCAGAUUAAUGCGGAAGCUAGAACAUCGACUCAACAUUUUCAUUCUUUUCAAACGGAUCAAGAGAAAGAAAACAGCAGGUUUUCGUCCUUUAGGUCCCCAAGAAAGCACUCGCCUCUUUCUCAUAUUAAACCUCUUUCAGAUCGUAAAUGUACAGAGCCAAAAACUGAAUCACCUCGAAAACAUGUUCCAUUGUGCAUGUUGAAAAGGGCCGAUAAAAAGGAGAGCCUUGAGUCACAGUUCAAGUGGACAAUACCGAGCAGCUCUCCUCUAAAAAAAACAGCACCACAGCUGCCCUGCAGAGAGGUGGAUGAGGACAGUCUGGCCAUGUUGUUCACACAGGACUCUGAAGGCUUCAGGGUGAUCGCGCACAGAGGUCGCCAAUCUAGGAGUCCACUUAAAGAUAAGAGUAACAUAAGCUCUGUGAUGGUGAGAACAAGCGCUUACAAAUCUAUAGUGGAGAAGGAUGAGGAAGACCAGAUGCUCUUUACUCAAGACUCUCAGGGAAAUAUGGUCAUCAAACACUGAAAGGAGA